GACUUUUUUUACCGUACCCAGCCAGCUGGUCGCGUUGAUGCUAUUGUGACCUUCAGAAAGCUUAAGGGUGUAGUAGAUCUUUAAAAAUGCAACAGAAGUUAUUUCUCUCGUAACGAGAGUCCCUAUUAACUGAAAACAAGUAAGAUACUGUCUGAAAAGCCUGUAUAAUUGUCGUUAUGUAACAAUCCCAGUUUCCAAACUUUGAGGAAUAUCUUUUGUUUUUUCCAACAUCUCGUCAGGCCUAACAACAGCUUUGUAAAGCUUUAACUUAUUACAUGCAUGUUUAGGGAUAGGAUAGGUAAUUUCAGUAUCAUCUAGAGUUAACACUCCUCAUAUACACUUGUGCAGGGGAGGGGAUAUAUCAGUCCUAUCACGUAUUAAGUGUCAUCUUACUACAAAUAAACUCAUUGUUUUUCUUUCACUUCAGCAUCUGAAUCUCAGUUUAGAAGUGAUAUUUAUCUAGUGUCUGCAUCGUAUAUUUGGUGAACGGAAGGUGCAUAGAGUCAGACUUUGUUUUAUCAUUGUAGCUCAUUAAGAUUAUAUGUUUUACGAGUGGACAGUAAGCAGUACCCAAUUUAUUCAAGCUAAUGAUACUGUUUAACUUUCUCGAUUAAAGUAGGAUUCUGGAAACUUUCGAUGUAAGUUUUAGAUCUGUGAGAUGUAAGGCAGUUUAGUAUAGAUUCUUAUUAACAAAUUUUAACGGAAACUGGAGUACUUAACGUUCUUAAACGUCUCACUAGGAAUCCUGUAAUAGUACUAUAUGGUUAAUAGUCGAUGAAUGAUGAAGAAUCAUAGGAUUUCUGUUUGCCACUUAUAGACUUAAGUGCCUAAACGCUUUUCACAGAUUGUAGAUAUGAUGCAACGGCUCUCUAUAUUCUACUGUCUGCAAAACGUAAUAAUGCACUCAACCUGUGCCUAAACUUGAAGACUUUUUGAUUUUGAUUCUCUAUAUAAACUUGAAAGUAUAUCAGUCUGAAAAUUAUUUAUUUGAAAACAUAAAUAUUGGUACAAGGAAGCACCAGAUACAUAUGCGCCGCACAAAUCUCAUUCGAUUUGUGUGAGGGCUGUGAUACUGCCCAGAAGCCCAAUCCAAAGCAGGUAGUUUUCUUAGGGGGGCACACCUGAAGGUCUAAUCCACAAGGCACUGGAACAUCGUGAGGAGAUGUAGUCCCAUGGUAGCCGGUGACCAACGAUUGAUUCAUACGCCAUUUGCUCUUUCAGGAUACUGGAGCCAAUGUGCACCAUUAAUUUGGAAUCAGGGUUUUCUAACUCUCCUUUGUGGACACUCCACAUCCACCAACCCCGUUGAAGCGCCGGACAUUCGUUUUUCGUCCUCUCAAUUUCGUAAACAAUUGUAGUGCCACGAGAAGACAUUGAGCAGGACUUCCCUGGCAGGGGCUAUAUACGCGUGGCCAUGUGAGAGCAUUUCGAGAGGGAGAGCGGACUCUCCUCACUGUCGGUCGUACCAGGGCAUUUAGGGGCCUAUGUGAAACAUUCUACGAUGUAGUGGCCGUCAUUAAAAACCAAGUAAGAUGAAGUAGAGUUUUAACUGGUGAACUUCCAGCUUAAACGCAAAGGCGUGAACUGCUAUGCUACACUCACUUGAGUCAAACGUUGUCAUAUGUUCAUUCUUAGUCUGCAUUUAAAAUCUUAAGGAACUUUCCUUACAAUACAGACCUGUCUGAAUAAAUGUUAUCGAUAGGCUGUUCGGUAUUCACUUAGAUGUGUGUAAUGUGUGUUACAUUCGUUAUUUGACCUCAAAAAAUGUGAAACCAAACAAAUUCCUGAUUAUUUCAUCAUUCCGUUAAUGGAAGAUUUCAUGUUACCGUAGUCUACCAACUUCAUUUUAUUGUAAACUCAAUGAAAACUGUUUUCGUUACCUGAAUACUACAGCCUUUCAUCCUUUAAUAUGAGGAACCAAUCAACCCUUGCUGAGAAUGUGGUAAUCAUUGAGCCUGGUUCUUUUCAUUUACGAAUCGGCCGUGCUGUGGAAAUAUUGCCAAAACGAUUCCCACAUUGCAUUGCCCGUAAACCUAAACCUAAUGUUCCACCUUGUGUUGAACCUAUUAUCAGUCGACAGAAAGCCGCCUGUAACUCAUCCUCUCUCCAAGAAUCAGUAAACACAAUCAGGUCAUUUGUAAAUACAUUGUUUAAUUUGAGUUACUCACCCGAAUCAAAUGGGUUACCUGCUGUCACUCCAUCUAGAUUGGAGCAUACUGAAAUUGAAGAUACCAAGCUUUUUGAAUGGGAAUCCAAUACACCUUUAGGUCAGGAAUUUUAUGCAUUAAAUGACGCUUUUAAUCGUGGUCUCAGAGAUGGUUAUCAUAUUAAUUGGCCCAUGCGUUAUGGAUUUUUAUCAACAUCCGCAAACUACACUGCCGUACUGCAAGAUCUGGAAGAUAUUUGGUCUACAGCAUUGGAAAAACAUGUUGGUAUUCCGCGAUCAAAUCUUAGUAAUUAUAGAGCAAUUCUAGUGAUCAGUGAUGUAUAUAAAAGAAAUGAAAUACGACAUCUAGUUCAUUUACUACUCAAUCGACUAAAAUUUGGACGUGUUUUUGUACAUCAAGCUAGUGUCUGCGCUACCUAUGGCAUUGGCUUACCUACUGCUUGUGUUAUCAAUAUAGGUGAACAAAAAACCAGUGUAUCCUGUGUAGAAGAUGGAGUGGCUCAUACAGAAACUCGUAUAAUCUUACCGGUUGGACGAAGUGAUGUCCUACGAGUAUUCCAUUCUCUUGUACUACCUAAUGGAUUUUGUAACAAGGAAGGUUGUACUGUGGAUUUAAAGUAUGAACAUCUUUCUGACGUAGAAGAUUUACGCACACUUAUGGAGAAUUCGGUUCAAUGUACAAUACGUUUACUAUGUCAACGAAACGAGAAAAAUAAGCUCGAUGAAGAAAUUCAACCGAAAGCUAACGAAUCAUUAUUAAAUAAUGAUUUUUAUAAUAUAACACUUCAAUGGACGCAUAAACAAAAUCAAUAUGAUGUUUCAUUUCUUCAUCCGUCUACAGUUCUAUUAUCACAUAUACUUCCGUUUGCUUGUAUUUCUUCAUGUGUUCCAUCAAAAGAAGUCUGUUGUACAUAUCAAGUACCUUCACUACAAUCAUCAGAACCGGAUGAUCCUUUCGAUGAUAUGUAUAUAUCUUUGACAGCACGUGAACGUCGUAAACGUGGUUUACCCAAUGAACAUCAAUCAACUACUCUACCUAAUAAUGAACAACUGGAAACAGAAAUAGAUGUUACGGAACAGGUGGCUCCAGUAAGCAACCCUCUUCCACAAAAACCCAACUCCUUCGAAUCUCUUCCAGAGGCAGUUUGGUGGAGUAUCAAUCAGUGUGCAAACUUAGUUGGUUCUCAGGUAGGACCAGAAGUUACUGUUCAAGCCUCUGGUCUUGCACCCGGGAAGCCUUCGCAAAGUUCAAGCUCAGUAAGUGACGAACUACGUCGACGUUUGUUGGGAUGUAUUAUCCUUACUGGUGGAGGGGUAGCUGGUGUUAAUAAUCAAAUGAUGGAAAGAUGGUUGACUGAGCAGCUAAUCGCAAUAGCACGAGAGAAGCAAGCAGCAACAACCGUAUCAAGCCACAUACCAACAGUUGAAAUCAUUCAUCACUCUGAUCCAGGAGACCUCUCGUGGUCUGGUGCUAGGUUGCUUCUAACUUCUGACUUGAUAAAUGACUUGUGGAUUACACCAGCCGAGUGGAACAAAUUUGGUUCGAGAGCUCUCCGUGAAAAAGCACCCUUCCCUUGGUGAUUUAAACUAUAAAUUGUAGAUUUAUGUACCCAUCUGUUACCAAAUGCAUUUAUUCCAGUUAUUUCUAGUUUGUUCUUUGCUUACCUGUCGAAAAGAAAUUAAAACUUGCUCAAGGAAAUUACGAGUAUUAACGUUCAUCUUCAUUUAUAUAAAAAG